CUCCCGCCGAAGCCCCGAGGCCUGAGCAGCGUUCGGUGUGUGGCGCCCACCGGGGCCCGGAGCUCCAACGCUGAGCCUGGAGCGCCUAUCUCGGGGGCACUGUGUACUGUGCAGCCGCUCGCGCGGGGCCUGCACCCGCGCUUUCUCGCCGUCUCUGAGCCUGGCUCGACGGCCCUGGGCCCAUCCUCUCACUCGGGUCCGGCUGGUGGGCUCUGGGGGACCCGUGGCGGCCCCCGCGGCCCCCUCAUCUUGCUCCCACUGGACCGGCCGUCUCUAUGGCCUCCAGUCAGGCAGCGCCGGACCGCUGGAGGUCCUAGGAUCUGGGGCUCUGGGAGGCAGGGAUCAUGGUGGGGGUCCUGGCCAUGUCGGCGGCUGCAGCUCCUCCUCCAGUAAAGGACUACGAGAUUGAGCCUUGCAAAAAGCGGAGAAAAGAUGAUGACAGCUCUUCCUGUGAAACAAUCACCAAAUAUUUAUCACCAAAAGAGAAGACUGGAGACAAAGUUUUCUCUCCACCAAAACCCAGUAAUAUUCUUCAUUAUUUUAGAAAGACUUCACCCACAGAUGAGAAGCUACAGUUGACAAAGGAGUGCACGAUAAAGCCAUCUCCCUCAUUGCUUAUUGGCAAUAGCAAAGACCAUAAGACACCUUUGGAAGUGCUCUCAAAUACGGAAUUUAAGAAGAAAAGAAAGAGAGUUAAUUUAUCUCAUCAACUGAAUGAUAUUAAAAUUCAAUCGCCGGUUGGAAUUAGUAGUGAUAGUAAGAAGGACUGUGGUUUGAGUGAUUUUGUGGAAAGUAGUGCUGAUGUUUUCCUUUAUAAGAAAGAUGUAGAGGUUCUUGUAGAAAGCCUUCAAGACAGGAGAAAUCAACCAAAUACAAUUACCUCCAAAAAAAACUUCCAGAAAGUCAACCCUAACAAAGGUACCACAAAAAAUGAUGGCAAAAUGUUGAGAAAAAGGAAGCACAGCAAGGUACUAGAUCUGUCUGAAAGUUUACCCUUGGCGGACGACAUAAAUCUGCUUAAGAAAGGUGGCAAAGAGAGUAAACCUUCCCUGGCCAAUGAAAAUGAGAGGACAGCAAAUCAUGUAGACUCCAGGGCUUGUGCAACCAAAACGAUGGAUUUAAACAAGACUACAAUAACAGUCUCCUAUGAGGAAUUUUUAAAAAGUCAAAAGGCAGCUAGAGUGGAAGAGAUACCUGACCCUGCAGUGCCAGCUUGUGUUCCUUCUGGAUCUGGUGAAGCAGUCAAAAGUAGUUCUGAAGGUGAAUCAGAAAGUUGUGAAUUUUCUCCACGGGUACACCUUAAGACAGUUACUGUUCUUGCACAAGUUCACCCCACUCCCCCCAAAAAGAAAGGGAAAAUAGCCCAAAUUUUUUUGAAACAGAAACAGCUUGAUCUGGAGAGUAGCCGCUCUGAUCCAGAAAAUGAACAGAUAGUUCAGAAAAGGAAAUCAAAUGUUGUUGUCCAGGAGGGCCAAUUAGAACUGGCUGUGCUGGAAGCCGGGAGCUCUGAGGCUUCAGUACCAAAGUGUAGCAUGGAAGAGAGACAGCAGUUCAUGAGAGCAUUCAGGCAGCCACCAUCAGAAAUGCUCAGAAAUGGGUUCAAGAAACCUUUGGAGAAGCAGAAAGAUCCAAAUGAAAAACUUGCAAAUGAAGAAGGUGAUAAUGGUUCUGAAAAAGUCAUAGAAAAUCUUAAUAUCCAAAUAGUUUCAAAUCCUGGCAGUUCACAGACACACACUGAUAAAGCAAGUUUUCCUAAGGAGAAAAGUAAAAAACUGAAGAAAAGGGGUAAGAAAACGAUUGGCACUAGGCCCACUCCAGGUGGAAACAGAGAAGAAAGUAUGCAAAAGGAAGAAACAUCCUUUUCCCCAAAAGAUAAACAAAAGCAAAAUAGCCUUCGAAGGAGUUUAAGACAGAAGUCAGAAGUUUUCAAAAGCAAUUCAUUACUUAAUAGUGAAAGUCUUGUUUGUGAGGAUACAGCACAUAACUCUCUAAAAAUGUCUCUGGGUGACAGAAAUAAAUCAAGAAAAUCCAGCACAUCAAUCCAGGAUAUGGUUACACAUUCCGAAGCUGAGCCUGAAAACAGGCUGCUGAACGUUUCCACACCCAAACGAACCAGGAGCUCUCUAAGAGGUAGCUGCACGCCUACCGUAGUCACCCUUAGAGGUACUGAGUCUGAGGAUGGCCAGGACACUAGUCCAGUGAAGGCUUCCACUCCAAAAGCAGCCAGCAUGUCAGAAAAGCACAGCUUGUACACAGCGGAAUUAAUAACAAUACCCUCUGAUUCGGAGAGCCCCAUUAGAAUGAAAUUCACUAGAAUUAGUACUCCCAAAAAAUCUAAGAAAAAGUCUAAGAAAAUAUCUAAGAAAUCUGAAACAACUGAGGGAGAUCUCACUUCUCAGAAGAGAAAGGCAAGCAGUACUUCAAAAAAUGUAUCCAAAGCAAAACAACUGAUUGAGAAAGCUAAAGCUUUCCGAGUCAGUGGACCAAAGGCUGAAGAAACGGUGCCCUUGAGGCGGUCCUCCCGGCACCAGAUACCUCCUGAAAGGGAGAAGUCACCAGAGACAGAUGACUCUGUAAUACUAAUAGAUUCAAGUCCAACUUCUAUAAAACAACCAGAGAAAAAUCAGAAGAAACUUAAGAAUUUGAAUGAUGUACUAGGAAAAAAAGUUAACAAGCCUUCUAAAAAUGUUCCUGGAAAAAUGAAAAUCGCUCCUUUAUUUCUUGCCAAAAAGACUAAACGAACAGCCAUUCCUGUCCUUGAUUUGGAUGAUAGCAGUCAAGAUUCAUCAGAACAAACUCAGGAUUGUGAUAUACAAUUUAAAGCAAAGCGUGAUUUUCUGAUGAGUGGUUUGCCAGAUUUACUGAAACGACAGAUUGCAAAGAAAGCUGCUGCACUAGAUGCAUACAAUGCCGCGAGUACCAGUUUCCAGAGGGUUGUUCAUGUGCAACAGAAGGAUGAUGGGUAUUGGUUAUGGCAUUUGAAGCCACCUUCUUGUCCUCUAUUAACUGAAUUUAAAAAACUGAAUACUAAAGUAACAGAUCUCUCAAAAUGUGUUGUUGCUCUUGGUGAAUUUUCAACAUUGAAUUCAAAUCCAAGAAAUAAUUCAGCUGUUGUGUCGAUGAAGACAAGGAACGAUUUUACUAAAGAAGUAAGAAAUCUUUUGCUGGAGGAAAUAAAGUGGUCAAAUCCUGAAUUUUCUUUAGGAAAAUAUUUUCCCUUGCUCCUAAAAAAACGAAUUGAGCACCAGGUACUUUCUGAGGGUCAUGGUAAACAAGCAAGUCUACAACUACAGCUUCAUGUCAGUCAAAAAGAAAGCAAAAGGAAAUGUGUGGAAACAGGAAAUCAAAAGUCAAAAAGAAAGAAACCAAAUGAACAUUCAUUGAGCCCAGAAAAGAUACAGGAGAAGUCAGAAGAUCUUGACAAAAGGAUCAGCUCUUCUGGGAUAAAUCUUGAUUCUUCCAAAGAUUCUGGAGCUGAAGACAUGCUUUGGACAGAAAAGUACCAGCCUCAGACUUCGGGUGAACUCAUAGGCAAUGAGUUAGCUAUCAAAAAGUUAUAUAGUUGGUUAAAGGACUGGAAAAGAAGAGCUGAACUGGAAGAAAGACAAAAUUUGAAAGGAAAAAGAGAUGAAAAACAGGAAGAUUCAUGGGAUACAGACUUUAAAGGCAGUUCAGAUGAUGAAGAGUGUCAUCUUUGCAACACUGUUCUGAUAACAGGCCCAACAGGAGUGGGAAAAACUGCUGCUGUGUAUGCUUGUGCCCAGGAGCUUGGAUUUAAGAUAUUUGAAGUAAAUGCCUCUUCCCAGAGAAGUGGUAGACAAAUCCUGUCUCAGCUGAAGGAAGCUACCCAGUCCCAUCAAGUAGAUAAACAAGGUGUAAACUCCCAAAAGCCCUGCUUCUUUAAUAACUACAACAUUGGCAAGUCACCAAAAAAAUUAAACUCCCCUGGGAAAGUUGUUACAUCACCAAGAAAGCUUCCUCCAUCAUCACCAAAAGGAAGUGGGCAAAAGCGAGCGUUUCCCCCUAAAACUUUGGCAAAUUACUUUAAAGUAUCCUCCAAAUCCAAAAAUAAUGAAGAAGUAGGAGUACUCCUGGGAAAUAAUAAAGGAAUCAAAAAUGCUUCUUUGGAACAGAGGCAAAUCAUUCAGACUAAAUCAACAAAUGCAAAUAAUUCAAAUGUUAAAGAAUUUGGAGCUGAGGAAUCCAAUAGGAAGAAUGCAACAUCUCUCAUUCUCUUUGAGGAGGUUGAUGUCAUUUUUGAUGAAGAUGCUGGGUUUUUGAAUGCAGUCAAAACAUUCAUGGCGACAACUAAACGGCCAGUAGUUCUUACCACAAGUGAUCCCACAUUUAGUUUAGUGUUUGAUGGCUGCUUUGAAGAAAUCAAUUUCAAUAUUCCUUCCCUGCUUAACGUUGCCAGCUAUCUACAAGUGAUCUGUUUAGUUGAGAAUUUCAGAACCGACUUAAAAGACUUUGUAACCUUGUUGACUGCAAAUGACUGUGACAUCAGAAAAAGUAUCCUUUACUUACAGUUUUGGAUUAGAAGUGGAGGUGGAAUUUUAAAAGAAAGACCAUUAUUAUAUUGUCAAGGAAAUAGCAGAAAUAUACCAGUUUGCUCUGAAGAUGGCAGUGAUCCAAAAAUUAACUCUAAAAGCAGCAGAAGGAACCGUAUAGCCCUCCCCAAAUGUGACACCGGCUGUGCAGAGGCUUUGUUUGGACUCAAAAACAUUGCCUCCCCAUCUCAAGACUUAAUUUCAUUUUUAAAGCACAAGAUCACAACCAAGGAAGAAUGGCAUAAAUUCAUCCAGCUCCUCACUGAAUUCCACAUGCAAAACAUAGAUCUAUUAUUUAGUAAUCUUGAAUUCAUCUUGCCAUUGCCAGUCACUGUCAUUCCAGAAGUCAUUCCGGUGACUACAGAGGCCAGUGCACCAGGAAGCAUGGACAAUCUUCCCAGGAUGAAGUCAGAAGAUCAGUCAUUAAAAAAAUCACAGAAAAGGAAGCAGAAAAAGAUGGUGACCCUAGAUGACAGUGACUUAUUUGACACCGGACUGGACUUUUCUGAUGAAUUGACUAGCUUAUCUCCUGUUCCUUCCUCAGCUUUAGAAGACCUCACAAGCAGAGACAGAGAAGGCAACCAAGAGACACAGACACAUAACAAAGGUUUUACAUCUGACUCUGUGCCUCGACCUCCUAAGACACCAGCAGAGAAGAAGUGUUCUGUGCUCGUUUCUCACUGUUUAAAUUCUCUCGCUGAAUUCAUGGAGAACAUGUCCUUCUUAGAUGCCGUUCUAAGAGAUGCAGGGGAACAGAAUGAACUGGGUAGAAAGCCUUUUUGCUGGACAAGCGGAAAGGUUAAAAGUGGACUUUGUGAUGAGUUUAGUAUUGAGAGUAGAGAUGGGUGGGGUCCUCAGAGAUCUGAAGAAUUAAAAGCAACGGCAGAAGCUCUCAGCUUUACUAAAUGUUCUUCUACCAUUUCAAAAGCACUGGAGUCCUUGAAUUCAUGCAAGCACUUAGGAAGAGAUGCAGUCAAUGAGCUCACGUUCUGUGUUUCACAAAGGUGCAGUGAUGUGUGCUUCCGCCAGUCGGCAGCUAAUCUGGACAAUGCUGACAAGAGGAUGGCAGUCAUUAAAAGAGUGCUUUCCAGUCGGUCUCUUCCGAGUGUGGGUAGUAAAGCUAGUGUAACUGACUACCUACCAACUCUUCGGAACAUUUGUCGGACAGAGAAGCUAAAGGAACAAGGGAGAAAUAAAAGAAGGUUUCUGCACUACUUUGAAGGAAUUCAUCUUGAUAUCCCAGAAGAGGCUGUGACUGCUUUGGCCGCAGACUUCCCUUGAUGCUCCUCGUCUUCAAUGUCCUGUACAGAUGAUGUGGUCCUUAAAACACACUAGAAUAUGGUAACUUUAAAGAAGAGAUUAUUUCUCUUAAUGUAAAUUUUAAAACUUUGUAUUUUUGUGGUUCAACUAUUUAAAAUGAAAAAAAUUGGGUUACAAACUGUAUAUAUGAUUGUCAUAUUUUUUUCUGAAUGUUUUGUAUUACCUGUUUUCGCUUGGUUGGUAUGCUUUCUCUGUGUGUAAACCAUCUGUAGAUUUCUAAAGCUGUGUUGGUGCUGAGCUCAUUGGAGUCUUCCCUUUCCUCGUUCCUUUCCUCUGCUCUUCAGCAUCAGAGCCACCAUAAAUAGGAAGCACCUAGCCUACGGUCCCUAAACAUUACACAGUAUAAAACAGAGUUACAUACAGAAUAAUUUUUAAAUGUGCUAGGAAUGAAGUUAUGAAUAUUUUGGAAAGGGUUGUAUUUCCUCUUGCUUUUAUAUCUUGUGCCCUCCUCCAACAUGUUUUACCACUGAAUCAAUGAAUCAUCUGUGUUGUCAAAGAAAAGCAUUCUGAAUUCUAGUUUUCAUAAACCUUUCCUAUCACCCCAUGUAGGUAGUCUUGUGCAUUUUACCAACCCAAAUCAUUGUACAUUUUAUAUCAUGUUUUCUUUAUAAAUGUAAUGACAUUAAUUUAUCUAUUCUGGACAAGUUGUUGAUGAAGAAAUAAUGAAGGCAUCUACCAUGGGGUUUAUGCCUAGCAGCUGUUUCUAUUUAAGUUGGUUUUGAGUUUUGUGGUGCUAAGGAUAAACUCGGGGUCUUCUGUGUUGUGAGCAAGUGUCCUAUGUCUUAGUACAUACAGAGUCUCAUUUUUGUAAUUAUUUGCCGUGCUACAGAACAAACCAUGGCUUGUACAUUCUACAGAGAUGCUUCACCACUGAGCUAGACCCUCCCACCCUGUUUUGGAGAUGACAAGGUCUGGUUAUAAUGCUUAUGCUGCCUCUAAACUACUUCCAGAAUUACAUGUUCCUUCUUUCUCAGCUUCCUGGGACUGCGCAGGAAUGGCAUCAGUUUUUGUGUUUUCGGGGGUUUGUUUGGUUUUUGGGCUUUUUUGUGUAUUUUUACUUUAGUGGCAAGAUUUUAAAAUGUCACAUUUUACUUAAUGUUAUUUUUACAGUCAGAUAAUCAGGUAUGUUUAAAAUUGCUUCAUAUUACAUAUACUUGUAUAAUAACGUAAUAUUCAGGUACAUUUUUUGAUGAAUUAUUUUUUAACUCAGAAGUUAAGGAUCCUAGUUUUGUACUUUUUUAAAGUAUAGGUGCAUACCUGUUUACAAAUGUAUGUGAAGAUAUGUUUUUACCUCUUGUUCAACCUACCUUUUUUGAAUAAUUAGCAAAUUAAUCUAAUUAAAAGUUAAAUCU